UGCUGGAGGCCGGUGGGCGCUAUGGAGCGCUUUGCUGGCGUCUUGGAGGAGGCGGCGGCGGAUGGGGCCGGGCAGCAGGCACGGCACUACCAGCUGCUUUCCGCACUGCAGAGCCUGGUCAAGGAACUGCCCAGCUCCUUCCAGCAGCGCCUGUCCUACACCACGCUCAGCGACCUGGCCCUGGCGCUCCUUGACGGCACAGUGUUCGAGAUCGUGCAGGGGCUGCUGGAGAUCCAGCACCUCACCGAGAAGAGCCUGUACAACCAGCGCCUGCGCCUGCAGAAUGAGCACCGAGUGCUCAGACAGGCGCUGCGGCAGAGGCACCAGGAUGCCCAGCAGGCCUGCCGGCCCCACAACUUGCCAGUGCUCCAGGCAGCCCAGCAGCGGGAGCUGGAGUCUGUGGAGCACCGGAUCCGAGAGGAACAGCGGGCAAUGGACCGCAAGAUUGUCCUGGAGCUAGACCGGAAGGUGGCUGACCAGCAGAGCACACUCGAGAAGGCAGGAGUGGCUGGCUUCUACGUGACCACUAACCCACAGGAGCUGAUGCUGCAGAUGAACCUGCUGGAGCUCAUCCAGAAGCUGCAGCAGAGGAGCUGCCAGGUGGGGAAGGCAGCCCUGUGACGGGGCCCUGCAGCCGCCUGCUUCCCAGCAUGGCUGGGAAGGCAGCCCUGCCCUGCUGUAGCCACAGGCAGCAGAACACCGAGCGAAACUUGUCAACCUGAUGUCUGGCCACUGCCCCCCAGCUGCCGAUAGGGGUCAUCCUUCUGAGGAGAGGCUGGUGGACCCUGGCUAUGUCUGUUACCCAUUUACAUCUGGGCUUUUCUGUCCAAAGGCUAGAAUAGUCUCAUUAAGGGGAGGCGGGCCCAGGCCCCAGGGCUGGGCAGGUAGUAGGGCUGAAGCAUUCUAGCACCUUCUCAUUCCAGGGGGCACAUCCUGACCCCACCAGGCCUCAGCCCAAGUGCUUAUUCUAGACUCAGACCCUCCCUUGGCUGUGAUAGCCCCUGCGUGGAAGAGGCUCUGAGGCCCAAGCCCUCUGUGACUCAGAGAAAUAAAGAUGCCUCAUGGCCUGCGUGUGGCUUGUGUGA